AUGCCAGCGCACGGCGGGGACGAGAAUGCUUCGAGCAGGCCACCAGCCGUGCCUCAACCAUCCGCAGCCAACCGCCCCGUCGUCUUCACACAACUGCGUCAACCAGGUACCUUUUCCGACUCUGACAACACUGACAUCGAAGAUUGGCUUCAACUGUACGAACGGGUUGGCACUAGCAACAACUGGGACCCGACUCUGAUGCUAGCGAACAUCAUAUUUUACCUGGCGGGCACGGCACAACUGUGGUUUCUGAACCACGAACAAGAACUUACUAGCUGGGAGAUACCCGAAAAUACUAUCGCAGGCGUGGCAUUGCUGGGCAGCUGCCGAUGGCAUGACAACACCUGCCGGGCCGCCACCGCGGCGCGAUUAGGUCGGGCCACUAACGACACUGACGAUGAGCUCAGCGGCGGCAGCAGCUCGUGCCACAACGAGGUGGUGAGCGAGUGCGUGCGCAAGCUGGACCUGCUGUCGCGAAACAAGAGCCUCGCGUUCGCCACCACUGAGGCCGAGCUGAAGCGCAUAUGCGACCACCUCACCGACGCCAUGGAAUGCGUGAACGGGUUCACGCGGCGCUGCUUCAACGAGCGACAGCGCGAGAUCUACAGGCGGCUCACCAGCGGAGCGGCUCAACUUAUCGAAGAUUUCUGUCAAGAAGGGUCCAGGUUUAGGAUGACGUACCUGAAGCAUUCCAAGUGCUACAAGCAGCUACAGGACGACUACAAUUACUGCGCCGCGGUCUACAUGGCACAGCGAGCCGAGCUUCAAGGGCAGACGCUAAGCACACAAGAGAAGAUACGACUUUCUUGCUGCCAGAUGGAUGGCUACAAGAACUGUGCCAAGACGGCUGUGCUCCGGCGUUGCGACGUGGAAGCGGCCGAGCUCGCUGAGGACAUUAUCGUCAAGGCUGGCGGCUACCUCGUUUCGACACACUGCGCCGGUUACCGAAUCGACGAGCCCACUUGCAGUAGUUGUUCCGCAAGGGUGGCCCUUACAUUGAGGGCUACUUUGGCUGUUAUCACAUGCUACUUUGUAUUUUCUAGACGGCAGCAGCCGCAUAGUCUUAGAGCACUUUGUGGCUAGAGGAAGUGAUGUUUUGCGGCUGGUCCGCAGUGGUGGAGCAGUCCUCAAGAAGAAGAAAGCGUUCAACGGUGGGCAUUGCAUCUGCGACGCUCAGACUGUUUGCGAACUGCUGCAUUUUCUUCUUCAGAAGACAGAUGCCAUCUUAUUCUACUAUAUAGCAGCGAGAGAACGGGAACCUGUAAAGCAAGGGUCGUGCUACUGAAUUGGAAGCUGUGACCAAGAAGCGUUCAGUUAGGUGUAAUCAUCGCGUUGCCGACAAAUGACUUCGCCGUCGUGCUCCAGCAGUCACCAGCACCCUCUUCGUGUUCAGUGCGGAGAGAGGACGCAAAGUGCGACGAUUAUAGAGGCAGGUGCUGAACAGACAGGUGCGAGCGAGAGACAUUUGCGGUGUUUGAAGCGUACUUCACUUAGACUUGCCCGUGCACCUUGGUCAAUAGCAGAUUUAACCUUGCGGCAAAAGGCGCGAAAGGAAUCGCAAUGGUAAGUCAUUGCUCAUUGGCCAGGGCUCGGAAAUUGCGAUUCAUUCUGGGUCCAGUGUCGUUCUAUUAAAUCUGAUCUUUACCACAAUAUCUGGGCAUUGACUUGCCGACAGUUACGGACCCAUUAAUCUGCUCUCUUCAGCGCACGACAGUAGCCACUGUGCACCCGCCGUGGUUGCUCAGUGGCUAUGGUGUUGGGCUGCUGAGCACAAGGUCGCGGGAUCGAAUCCCGGCCACGGCGGCCGCAUUCCGAUGGGGGCGAAAUGCGAAAACACCCGUGUGCUUAGAUUUAGGUGCACGUUAAAGAACCCCAGGCGGUAGAAAUUUCCGGAGUCCUCCACUACGGUGUGCCUCAUAAUCAGAAAGUGGUUUUGGCACGUGAAACCCCAUAAUUUAAAUUUUAGUAGCCACUGUGCUGAGGCUCACUGCAACCACAGGAUGUGAAUUGUGUUGCUUUGACCUCAGUGGUUAGACACCGAAGUGGACUCAACGAGCAACAAGCGUCCACGGAUGUGGUCAGCGUCCUACCGAUGAUGACCGUGGCCACGGUGGAGUGUCGUCUUGACAAUGAACUGUUCCUCCAAUAGAUAAUUGUGCGGUGAAAGGAAGCAAACUGAGACGGUCGUUGCGUUGUGUAGACUGCAGCUUUUGCGCACGAAGAAACAACGAAGAGAGAACGUUACCGUUGUCUGUGUAUUUAGUGACACUCAAACAUUCAACACUGUGCGCAUGCGGUCAAGAGAUGUGCUUUACUUUAAUGGCCAUUGGCGGCUGCUUUCUCGCCGCCAGUGCGCUGUCGCAAAAAAAUAAUAAUACAAAAAUGGUUAUUGUAUCAAAAUAUACAAAUGCUUACUGAUGCGAAGAAUUUUAAACUGUUUGCUCUGUUUCAAACACUGACAUUGUACAUGCUUGCAUGGAAUGCUGGAUAUUUUUUUUUAUUAUGCUGCACAAUCAGCUCGGCAAUCUUCAUAACCCGAACACACAGAGUGCGGCAGGCUUGUCUAUGCACUCAGGAUGGCAUAUGUGUGAUUGAAGUAGGGCCGCACAUCCUGGAGACGCCGGCUUCACUAAGCCGGUAAUUUCUCAGUUACAAGACGGCAUUAUCGUCUUGGCUCUCCCGAUGUCCGGUCCAAGGGAAAGAAAUAAUUUGGGCAGACAUUGUUUAUAUAAUAAGACGAAGAAGGUAUAUAUACCUCAAGUAAAUCAUUCUUCGUUUUGAAUUCCUUUUCGGCAGGCUGCAGCUGCACUCCUUGCCUAAACUGAGUGAAAGUUCUAGGCACUAUGACGCCUUAGUGUUAAACGCUUUGUUGUUAGAGCCUUUUAGGACAUUUUAUUAAACUUUCACUGUCUUUUUGUUCA